CGUCACCUUGUUUACCCGGAAAAAGGACAGCUUGCGUUUAGCUGUUAAUUUUAAGGAUUUGUAGCAGUUUUUUCCAGAGUUAAAUAAAAAAUAUGUUCAUUUUUUUGGUCAAAUAAUGAGUCAACAUGUACAGCGGACGGCUGCCUAGAGAUUUGACGGAAGAAGACCUCAGUUCAGAGGAGGAAGAAGGCGAUGAAUCAGAAAAUGUGGAGGAUAAUUUAUCUGCUGGAGAUGUAAGAGCUUCGGUGGCUGAUGGAGAAGCCAGUCAGACCGGGAACGAUUCCCAGACAGACAGUUUGCCUGGAAUAUCCCGGGAAAUGUUGGAAAAAUUUCAGGAGCUCCGGAAGAAGAAACAUGAAAUCAAGACAAUAAAGAUCCACGAAAAAAGAAAAAGAAGACGCAGAAAAGGGAGAAAAUGUGAGGAACCUGCAGAGGACAGGGAGCGACAGGAUGACCGGGAGAAGCACUGGAAGGAGCUGAAGCAGUACUUUGGUGUGAACGAUCGAUUUCAACCCCCUGCUUGCUCUAAGCCGCCUCCGAAGUCCGGCCUAGAAAAGAGCAUGGAGGAGGCCAUCGCUGAAGGGGACAUUGCAAAGGCGGAGGAGAUGAGCGACAGACUCGCCACUCGAGAGAUGGCUGUGCAAAUCGCUCAGGCCGCGGAUUGCCGUGACUUUGUGCAGAGCAAACAGGAAGAGGAAGCUCUGAGGGCAGCAAAGAAGAGGAAGAAGCAGAUAGCCUGGGGGUUUGAGGCGAAGCAGCGAUGGGAAACCAAGAGCAAUAUGGGCUUCAUGUGAUGAAAAUGGAGGGAAAAUGAGCAAAGCUUUUUUUCUCUUAAAUUAAUUUGAUUAAAAUUUGUUUUUUGUUUUUUCUUUAA